AUGGCACAGUUCCCCACUGCAUUCACGGGUUCGGACGUGUUCUUGAUAUCUGUGGAUGAGCGGGCCAAACAUGACCAGCAGUUUCACAGCCUCUCUCCCACAGCGGGGGGUUACAUCACAGGGGAGCAGGCCAGGAACUUCUUCCUGCAGUCCGGACUGCCACCGCCUAUUCUGGCACAAAUCUGGGCUCUGGCCGACAUGAACAGCGAUGGCCGAAUGGACAUCCACGAAUUCUCCAUCGCCAUGAAGCUCAUAAAGCUUAAACUCCAGGGUCACCCCCUUCCUCCUGCAUUACCCCCCAGUAUGAAACAACUGCCGCUAUCUUUACCCCCACAGGCUGGCUUUGGCAUGCCCCCUAUGCCCCCCAUGGGACCCAUUGGCACUGCUCUGCCAGGUGUACCCCCUCUACCACUCCCUCCUCUACCCGUCGGCGUUUCCCCACCUUUAGUCUCGGCUGUGCCUCCUCCACUACCACCGCCCAUGGCUAACGGAGCUCCUACCACGGGCAUGAUGCAACCCAUCUCAACCUUCUCCCACCCAGGUUCUUCGAUCAACAAGGCCCACUUUAACCGUUCCAGCACUAAAUUGCAGAAGGGUCCGUCGUUUGAUGCCACCAGUGGUCAGACUCCCGUCGACUGGGCCGUCCCUCAGUCGUCAAGGCUCAAGUACAGGCAAUUGUUUAACUCGCAUGACAAGAUGAUGAGCGGCCACCUGACUGGUCCGCAGGCGCGCACCAUUCUCAUGCAGUCCAGUCUUCCUCAAGGCCAGCUGGCAUCAAUAUGGAGUCUGUCAGAUAUUGACCAAGAUGGGAAGCUAACAGCUGAGGAAUUUAUCUUGGCCAUGCACCUCAUCGACAUGGCCAUGUCUGGACUGCCUCUGCCCCCUGUGCUGCCCCCCGAUUACAUCCCUCCUACAUUCAGGCGUGUACGAAGUGACAGCGUACAGUCCGAUCAGAAGAGUGUUCCCGAGGAGGCGGAGGAGGAAGUAGAGAACAACCAGGACAAGAAACUCCCAGUCACCUUCGAGGAUAAGAAGCGGGAGAAUUUUGAGCGAGGAAACUUGGAACUAGAGAAGCGACGUCAGGCCUUGCAGGAGCAGCAGAGAAAAGAACAGGAGAGACUAGCGGCGCUGGAGAGGGAAGAACAGGAGCGGAAGGAGCGUGAGAGGUUGGAGCAAGAGAGGAGGCGGCAACAGGAGUUGGAGAAACAACUGGAGAAGCAGAGGGAGCUGGAGAGGCAGAGAGAAGAGGAGAGACGCAAAGAAAUCGAGAGGAGAGAGGCUGCUAAGCGUGAGCUGGAGCGGCAAAGGCAGCUGGAGUGGGAGCGCCAGCGUCGUCAGGAGCUUCUGACUCAGAGGAACCGAGAGCAAGAGAGUAUUGUUCUGCUCAAAGCCCGCAAGAAGACCCUCGAGUUCGAACUGGAGGCUCUGAAUGACAAAAAGAGUCAGUUGGAGGGCAAACUGAAAGAUGUCCGCUUUCGUCUGUCAGCUCAGCGCAGGGAAGUGGAGCAGACCAAUCAAACAAGGGAGACGCGCAUCGCUGAAAUCACGAUGUUGCAACAACAGCUCCAAGACUCCCAGCAUUGGCUUGGCAGUCUAAUUCCUGACAAGCAGAGUCUCAAUGAUCAGCUAAAACAGGUUCAACAAAACAGCUUGCAACGUGACAGCCUGUCAUCACUACAGAAGGCUGUGGAUCAAAAGGAGUCGAGUAGACAGCAGCUUAAAGAGCAACUUGACACAGUGGAGAGGGAAACGAGGGCCAAGCUGCUGGAGAUCGAUGCUUUCAACACUCAGUUGAAGUCUCUGUGUGAGUUCUAUGCCAGCCACUGUGCCAGGAUAGAAGCCCUGCGACGACAGCUUGACGACGAGCAGAGAGGGAGACAGGAGCUGAGGGAGAUCCACAGCCGACAGCAGAGGCAGAAGCUAAAAGAAGUGGAAGGAGACCCGCACUCGAUGAUGCAUACACACACGCCGACUGAUAGGAAAUCUGCUGAGUUGCAGGAAAGCAGGUUGUCCUCAGACAAAGCUUUGGCUUGGAAGAAUGAAGACGCAGGAAGCCAGAAACCUCCGAGCCCCGCUUCUGCUUCGCACGCCUGGCUCAACAGAGUGACUCAAGAGGAGGAGGAGCGGAAGCGUAGAGGCCUAGAGGAGGAUGCUGAGGGUCGGAAGACUGCUAUGUCCAUGGAAGAGAAGGAUGAGGAGGGCCGAGGCAAGAAGGAAAUGCAGGAGAAACUCAACAAGCUCUUCAGCCAGCCGACCGAUCCCUGGGCUUCGACAGUCGACAAUACUCCUGUGGCAAGCCUGUUUGAGCAGAAGGCAGCAGCAGUCAGCAGCUUUGAGCAACAGCAGGCGGUGGUGAAGGUGGUCUACUACAGAGCGCUCUACCCAUUUGAUGCUCGUAGCCAUGAUGAGAUCAGCAUUGCUCCCGGUGACGUCAUCAUGGUGAAGGGGGAAUGGGUGGACGAGUCCCAGACGGGGGAGCCUGGUUGGCUAGGCGGAGAGCUCAGGGGGCGUACCGGGUGGUUUCCGGCCAAUUAUGCUGAGCGGAUACCGGACAACGAGGCGCCUGUCAGCCUGCGGACGGCCGCCUCCGCCACCCCAACAUCAGCCCAGCAGCCUGUCAACACCCCUCCCCCUGCGCCCGGACAGUGCUCCUCAUCUACAUCAUCCGCCAACAGUAACUGGGCUGACUUCAGCACCACUUGGCCAUCAAACACAAGCAGCCAGAUAGACAGCGAGGGCUGGGACGCCUGGCCCACAUCUUCAUCCGCAGCCCAGAAUCCAUCUCUCGGCGUGCCAUCGGCUCAGCUGCGACAACGCUCGGCCUUCACGCCUGCCACCAUGACCACGGGCUCCUCGCCCUCUCCUGUACUCGGUCAGGGGGAGAAGGUGGAGGGUCUGCAGGCUCAGGCAUUGUACCCCUGGAGAGCCAAGAAGGACAACCAUCUCAAUUUCAACAAAAAUGAGAUUAUAACGGUGCUUGAGCAACAGGACAUGUGGUGGUUGGGAGAGCUCCAGACUGGACAGAGAGGAUGGUUCCCUAAAAGCUAUGUUAAGCUCAUCUCUUCCACCAUGACGCCCCCACUUGCGCUUCCAUUGGUUGCUCCGGUUGCGGCCUCAAUCACAGCCCCACUCAUUUCCUCAGUACGCGGCAAAAAUGCAAGUGAAUGCAUGAUGUCAGAAAGCCCCCCCAAUGGAAAACGCCCCUCGCCCACGCCAUGCAAACCCUCCGAGUCAAGCGAAGAGUAUGUAGCCAUGUACACCUACGAGAGCAGUGAGCAGGGUGACUUGAGUUUCCAGCAAGGAGAUGUCGUCACGGUGACCAGGAAGGAGGGUGACUGGUGGACAGGCACGGUGGCAGGCAAAAUAGGGGUCUUCCCGUCCAACUAUGUCAAACCACGAGACGCCUCGUCAGAGUCUUUGGGGCCAGCCGGAAAGACAGGGAGCCUUGGCAAGAAACCAGAGAUUGCCCAAGUGAUUGCCCCCUACUGCGCAACGGGAGCGGAGCAGCUCACGUUAGCCCCAGGCCAGCUCAUCCUCAUCAGGAAGAAAAACUCGGGCGGCUGGUGGGAGGGCGAGCUUCAGGCCCGAGGAAAAAAGCGGCAAAUUGGCUGGUUUCCAGCCAAUUACGUAAAGCUGCUCAGCCCAAGCACCAGCAAGACGACACCCACUGAGCCCAUGCCGCCCAAACUCGUCCCUGCAAACACCGCUGUCUGCCAGGUGAUCGGCAUGUACGACUACGUGGCCCAGAACGAUGACGAGCUGGCCUUCCAGAAGGGUCAGGUGAUCACCGUGCUCAACAGGGACGACUGCGAUUGGUGGAAAGGCGAGCUGAACGGUCGAGAGGGUCUCUUUCCGAGCAACUAUGUCAAGCUCACCACUGACACGGACCCGAGCACACAGUGGUGCGCUGACCUGCACCUGCUAGACAUGCUGAGUCCCAUGGAGAGAAAACGUCAGGGUUACAUCCACGAGCUCAUCGUCACCGAGGAGAACUACGUCAACGAUCUGCAACUCGUCACUGAGAUUUUCCACAAGCCCCUGCUGGAGUGCGAGCUGCUGAUCGAAAAGGAGGUUGCCAUGAUCUUUGUCAACUGGAAGGAACUCAUCAUGUGCAACAUUAAGCUGCUCAAAGCGUUGAGGGUGAGGAAGAAGAUGUCAGGUGACCGCAUGCCGGUCAAGAUGAUCGGUGACAUCCUGACCAACCAGUUACCACACAUGCAGCCGUAUAUCAGGUUCUGCUCGUGUCAGCUGAAUGGCGCCACGCUGAUUCAACAAAAAACGGAUGACAACCCUGAAAUUAAAGACUUCCUGAAGAGAUUAGCCAUGGACCCUCGCUGUAAGGGGAUGCCUCUCUCCAGCUUUCUGCUCAAGCCCAUGCAAAGAGUCACUCGCUACCCUCUCAUCAUCAAGAAUAUCUUGGAAAACACUCCCGAGUCGCAUCCUGACCACAGUCACCUGAAAGCUGCUCUGGAGAAGGCGGAGGAGUUGUGUUCGCAGGUAAACGAGGGCGUAAGGGAGAAGGAGAAUUCUGAUCGUCUGGAGUGGAUUCAAGCUCACGUUCAGUGUGAAGGCUUGUCGGAGCAACUAGUGUUCAACUCGGUGACCAACUGUUUGGGCCCCCGCAAGUUCCUACACAGUGGCAAACUGUUCAAAGCCAAAAGCAGCAAGGAGCUUUAUGGCUUCCUCUUCAACGAUUUCCUGCUGCUCACACAGGUGACAAAACCUCUGGGCUCAUCCGGAUCCGACAAAGUCUUCUCGUCUAAAACGCACCUGCAGUACCGCAUGUACAAAACGCCCAUCUUCCUCAACGAAGUUUUGGUGAAACUCCCGACGGACCCGUCUGGGGACGAGCCCCUCUUCCACAUCUCUCAUAUCGACCGCGUUUACACCUUGAGGGCGGAGAGCAUUAACGAGCGAACGGCUUGGGUCCAGAAGAUCAAGGCGGCUUCAGAACUGUUCAUCGAAACUGAGAAGAAGAAGAGAGAAAAAGCGUAUCUGGUGCGUUCCCAGCGGGCGACCGGCAUCGGGAGGCUGAUGGUCAACAUCGUGGAGGGAAUUGAACUCAAGCCGUGUCGCUCGCACGGAAAAAGCAAUCCUUACUGUGAGGUCACUAUGGGCUCGCAGUGUCACAUCACCAAAACGCUGCAGGACACGCUGAAUCCCAAGUGGAACUCCAACUGCCAGUUUUUCAUUAAAGACUUGGAACAAGAUGUCCUCUGCGUUACUGUUUUUGAACGGGACCAGUUUUCGCCUGACGACUUCCUGGGCAGGACUGAGAUCCGAUUGGCCGAGAUCAAGAAGGACCAGGGCUCCAAGGGACCAAUAACCAAGCGCUUGCUGCUCCACGAGGUUCCCACCGGCGAGAUUGUCGUCAGGCUCGACCUUCAGCUCUUUGAGGAGCCCUGA